AUGAUACUGUACAAGCAUAUAAAAAAUGUGAAAACAGAAAAUGAAGCUAAAUUAUUAUUAGCUGAUAUACAAGUUCGACGUGAUGCUGGAAUUUUUAAUUGGUUCACAAAUAUCAGCAAAAAUAUUUGGAAAUUAUUUACAUCAAUUAAUAGUAGUGAUCUUUUUCGAAAAAAAAAUUGUUCACAAUUUCAAUGUUGGACUGAUCGUAUGCAAGAAAUAUUUCAUCAAUUACAUAAAUAUCAUAUUAAAGAAAAUGAUUAUAUUAAAAAUAUGCAAGAAAUACCAUUAACAAAUGGUUUUUUACAUUUAAUUAUUAUUAGUAAUUCAAAUCUUGUUUUUAUAAAUAUUAUUUUAAAAUAUCAUCAUCUUUAUCAUAAUUUUAAAGAUAUAUUUACAAAUCCAGCUUAUUUUAAUAAAAAUGAACAAUAUUUAAUUAUAGAACAAUAUGGUCAACAAACAUGUCCAUCAAAUAUGUGUAAAUGA